AUCGACGAACAAAUGAGUUUUCAUUCGGUUGAAAAUAGUAACGUGAUUAAUGUGAUUUUCAAAAAUACUUUCGCCUUUGCUAGCCAGAUAAUAAAUGAAGUUCAUAUGUGCGGUUAUGAGUAUUAUUCUGAUGAAAGUGACGAUUUUCCUCUUGGAAUGGAAGCAGAUAUGUUUCGACAAUACAUGGAAAGACGAAGACUGUCCAGCAAUUCGCGUACCGAACCUUCUUAUCUUGAAAACAAUGAAAGCAACACUUCUACUAAAGACUCUUCUAGAGUUAACACACCAGCUAACACAACAUGUGGAAAACCAGCAUUUUCUCCUACAAAUACAGAAAAUCAUACCACCAAUGACAGAAUGGUCUCUCCUAAAAGAAAAGUAGAACAUUUCCAACACCUUUAUGUUGCAAAUAAUGUAAAAACCUCUACUUUUAACGAACAGAUUGAGAAAAGCAAUUUGUCCACAACGAAAAAUAAUUUAAACAAUAGUCAUGAGUAUUCUAAGUACAAUUGUUCGCAUUCCUCAGUAAAUAUGGUUCCAGAAAGGGACACUGGACCUAAUAAGGUGAACAGUGGUUCUGUAAAUGCAGUGGGAAACCUAAGAAUACCACAGAAUCAGAGUGGAUCCAAAUACAGUGGGGAAUAUGCAAGUAAUGAUGACCACAGAAUGGUUUCUUCCAGACAACAUCACCAUGUCAGUGUUCAAGAAUUGAGGAUGCAGGUAGAAACACAGCAUUGUGGAAACAGUUCUUCAGACGACAAUCGAUCUUCUGGACAUGCCAGUAUGUCAGACACUGGCAACAGUUCCCCAAGAGGUCAUUCCAGUUCAGGAAUGGAUCGAUUGACUGCUGGUGUUAUGCAAAAACCAUUGAGAAAUAGAUCCAGCUCUCAACAUAAUCGAUCUAGACAUAGAGCUACUCCUGCUAGGUUACAUGUGCCAUGGACGGGGAGCGGGGGUUUAGAGGAUAUUAAGCUAGCUCUUCAACAACUCACUAUGAGAUCCCAUACUUCCACCAGCACUUAUUCCAGUGUAAGUGCUGGCUCAGAGAGUUCGGAACCAGCGAUGAGGCGACUCAUGAGACAUUCGUCAUUAGAAACGAUUAACACAAAUAUAACAAAUGCCGAUGAGUUUGUAUGGGUAGAUUCUCAUAACAGACUGGUGGAAUUGCAGCAUUUACCUUGGACGAACCACUGCAUCUUGAGAGUGUUGCAAUCAGGCAGAUGCAGGGAUCAUAUGUCUAGAGUCAGUGUGGAAACUAUCCCGAGAUUAUCUUAUUUGCUACAGAGGGCCCUUGUUCGAAUAGGGCGUGAAACUCAAAGACUCUCUUCCACGUUAGGUAUAUGUACGAAACAUGACGUUACAGUUUCCUUUCGCAUCGUUUUAUGUCCUCCCCUUGCCGAUUCAUGCAUAAAAGCCUGCCUAAGGGCAGCAGCUAUGUUGGCUAUGUCGGGUGAUUGCACGCUGAAGCAGAGUAAAUCAUCCAGAGCAGGACUGCAACUACAUAUUGGCAGAUUCCAUAGGUGGAUGGCGGAUGUAAAUUUAGCUAGAUUUAUCCACGAGUAUGCAGCAGUAUAUCUUGCUGCCGGUUUGGAAAAUUUACUAGAAGAGAUUUUGCUUCAGUGUCUGCCUAGCGAUUCAGAUGUAAAUUUGACAGCAACUCUCUUAGAGCAUGCUAUUGCAAAUAAUGGAGACCUCUGGGGUCUCUUGCAACCGUACGCUCAUCUAAAUGCGGGCAGAAUAGCAUCAGGUGCUUUAUCUUUACCAAGGUGGGCUUCAGUGUCCAGUUUGGGUUCUUCAAGAGAUUCUGGUCGAAGUUCUGGACCACCAGAACCGUCGUUAAUGACCACAUGUGUCGGAUCGCUGCAAGAACUUCAGGAAUUGAUCUGUAGAAUGCAACCAAGGAUACCUUUGUGUCCUAAAGCUGUGAGAUCUUUGUUUUAUUUCAUGAGGUGUUCGCAGUUGGAACAUGGGGAGCAAAAUGGAAGUAACGCUGUUCAGGAAUUAUGUUACGAACGAGCGUAUGUUGUGUUACCUCCGCUUGUAGAAUGGUUAAGGGUAGCAACAGCUCAUGGGGAGCACAGAUUCGCGGCAAUAAUCGACAAAGACGAUAUUUUGCAAGCUGCAAGAUUACUUCUGCCUGGGGUUGACUGCCCUGUAAGGUCAUUAGGAGAGGAAGCAGUACGAGUCAGAAAAAAUACUGGAAAUGAAGAAGAUCUGAUUGAGGCGUCUAGACAAAUUCAAGUUGAGUUAGCUUUCAGGUUAAUGUUAACAGGUAGGCCAGAGUUGAUUCAGCAAGCAAUACCUUUGUUACCAGCUUCAACGAGAUUGGAUACUCUUAAUCCACAGGGACACACUGCGCUUAUGUUGGCUGCAAUUCAUAAUGAUGAGAUGACUUUAUCGGCACUGUUAGAUGCAGGAGCAUCUGUUGAUACAGAAACUCCUGCUCCUGUACUUCCCGCGUUUGCAGCAGUAAACGGGGAGAAUCAGCAUUGGACAGCUUUAACUUAUGCAGCCGUGAAGGGUCACACUAAGUGUGCUAGGAUUCUUUUAGAAAGAGGAGCAAAUGUCGAAGGAGGAGCCACUAUAAGUGAUGAAAAAUGCACUCUUACUCCUUUACAGGUUGCUUGUGGGAGCGGUAAUGCCGACAUGGUGUCUUUACUUUGUGCCCAUGGAGCCAACCAAUUUUUUUCUACUCAAAUUAAGGAUUCCCUUUGUUAUUCUGCAUCCACCCAAAGGGGAUGUUAUAGUCCCAUUUCAGUUGCAGCUGCGCAUGGGCAUAGAGCAAUUCUGCAAAAACUAUUGGCCCAACCUUUGGCGCCUAUAAACAAAGAGGUGUUGUCUUUAGAGGAGAUGUUAGCCGAAGGUGCCCCAAAUAGCUCCAGUCCUUCUAACACCCCGCAGUUUAAUAAAGCACAAAUAAAAUCUCUUCAGGAGGCCAUGUAUCACAGUGCUGAGAACAAUCAUCUAGAUAUAACAGUUGAAAUAAGGACCUUGGGUGUCCCUUGGACUCUACACUGUUGGAUGCAUUCUCUAGGAGCUGCACAUGAAGCUAGAUUAGAUUGCGUAAUAGAUCAGCUAUUGCAAGAUUUUUUGCAAGUUUGUCCAGAUGAUUACAGCUCGCAAUUCGUGCAGGAAUGUCUACCUCUGCUAUUCAAUAUUUUCCGUUAUAGUAAAAAAGAGGGGACAACCCUGCUCCUAGCAGACAUUUUCUCGACUUGUUUUGGGUGGGAACCAAUAAAACCCAUCAAAGACUGUCCACCCACAACUUCUACUGGAUCGAGAAUAGAUCCGAAGUACGUCAAUAAUCCGGAACUGAGUGAUGUGACUUUUCGGGUAGAGGGGCGUCUUUUUUACGCCCAUAAAAUAGUUUUGGUCACUGCAAGUUCGAGACUGAGGGCUAUGUUGAGCUCGAAAUUGUGUGAAGGAGGCCUUCCAACAGUACAAAUAAAUGAUAUUAGAUACCAUAUUUUCCAGAUCGUCAUGCAGUUUUUGUAUCAAGGAGGAUGCCAAGCGCUGGAACCGGCGCCUGAAGAUAUUCUAGAACUCAUGGCGGCUGCCAAUUUCUUCCAGCUGGACGGCCUUCUCCGUUACUGUGAAAGUCGUUGCGCGGCCAUGUUGGCUCUGGACAACGUCGUCUCGAUGUACAUACACGCUAAGGUAUACAACGCGGUGCAAUUAUUGGAAUACUGCCAGGGUUUUUUGUUGCAAAAUAUGGUGGCUUUGCUUACAUACGAUGACUCAGUGAAAAGAUUGCUCUUCGCGAAGAAGCUGCCGAAUCACGAUGUGCUCGCUGGGCUAUUGAAUACGCUUCAAAAUAGAAUUAAGGCCAGAAGAUCGCAGAAUACUUGUAAGAUUGCUCAAAAUUCAAAACCUUCCAAUCACUAGUUGGCUUAGA